UGAAAUUGCCGGGGAUUUAUUUGGCAAAGUCGCGCUCUGACCGGACCUCCUUCCGGCGCAGCUCAGUUUAGGUUUACUAACCGAUCAAGAUUCAAGGUUUGGCGAAUUCGGGAAGUACCGGAAACGGAGGAGGUAAAACUAUCAGAAUGUACAUCUUAAAACUAAUUUGAGCCGAAUUGUUUUCAAGUCGCUACUUCGUUUCUGGUUCGAGUUUCUUUGAGUUCAAUUUUGCGGUUGAACUCCAUGUGAUUCUUUCUGAAGUUCAUGAUACUCCUUUAGAAUUUGCAAUAGAAAUAAUGGAAAACAUAUUAUGCGUAUUGACCCUUUUUACUAAGAAUAUUUGGAUGCGUUCUUUCCAGUAGGGCAUUCAUCAUGGAGUGGUCGUGGGUAAAAAAGAUACAAUUAAAUGAUAGAUUAGGUGAAAAAAUUUAUAAAUGCAAAGUAUUUACCGUUUCUUGCUUUUGAAUGAGCUGUUUCAUCUAUUGGAAUGAGCGUUUCCUAAAAAGUUAUGAUCUGUAUAGUAAUAUUUUGCGAAACCCCCCUCCAAAAUAACUACCAGUCACAGGCAUCUCGUGUUGAUAUCUUUUUAUUUGAAAUAUUAUACUCCGUAUAUGUUUAUACUUUAUAUACUUUUGACUUUUGACUAUCUUAGGAAUGACUUUUUAGCUAUGUUUGAACUCAGAAAAUUAUUGAGUUUUUAGAACAAAAAUUAUUAAAUGCAUUCCUUUAGUAGUUCCAAAAUAGGAAGCUAUAAAAACUGCUUUGGGCUUUCACCUUUAUGUCGGUAUGAUCCACAUCCUUUUUACAUUUACAUUUAAGUAAAACGCAAGGUAGCAGAAACGGUAAAAACUAUUCUCAGCUGUGCAGCUACGCGAAAUGUUGCAGAAAUUUGUAACUUGCAACAACAAAUAAAUCUACCUAAAGAAAAUCAGAAAAGGUGUUGCAAUGGAGAUGCAACAGAUCAUUGAAAAAUAUGAAACGGAAAAUAAGGCAUUGACGAAUGCUCUACUAGAAAGAGCUAAACUUAUUGAAAUGACUGGAAAUGAAAUACAGAGACUGAGGGCUUAUCUGCAGAAAAUGCAGCACCAGAACCUUCAACUAGCACAAUCAAAUACACAGAAGCUUGCAGAACUAAAAUUAUGCAGACCGUCGAUAAAAACAUUACAACACGGCCUUGGAUGCAAAAAUGGAAUGCUCAAGGCUAUGAAGUUAGAAGCUGAGCCUAAGAAAGAAACCCAACAUAGAGAGAGAUUCCUAAAUACAAUUCCUGAGGCGCAACCUAUUAGAAGGGAGGAGGAGGACACAGUGGAUGACUUAAACGGGGAUGCAGAUAAAGAUUAUACUGGAUAUCCAAAGUCUAAAAGGAGAAGACAGUCAAAGAAAUUUAGGUUCAGCACCAUCCAAUCAUCAAGUUCAGCCACGUGUGAACACCGAUAGAAAAAGGCUUUCAGUAAGAAAGAUAUCUGGUAGGCUUAAGCAUGAAGAAAUCAAAGAGGAAGAGGAAUGGUUUCAGAUAGAUGAUGAUGAUGAUGAUGCUCAGUUGUCAGUUCAUCCUAAAAGUGAUUGUAAUCCUGUCCUGGAAAAUGUUGAAAACUAUCCAUCUCAAAAUGAAGCAAAAGAUUUGAGGCUAUCAUCUCUAAGUCGACCCUCGAGGCAAGCGGCAAAGAAAGUCCAAUCAUACAAGGAAAUCUCUUUAAAUGUUAAAAUGCGAAGCGAGGGAUGAACAUAACUGUUUUAGUUACCUCAUGUAGGGCUGUUUUAGUUAUCUCAAGUAGAUUUCAUUCCAUCUGUUGUAUUAACAAUUUGGUUAGAACUUAGAAGCCUAGAAUGUGGGGAGAAAAGACUUAUGGAAGAAUUCACAAAUGACAUUUUUCACUAGACUUGACUACUUGAGAUUUAGAUUUUUUCUUGAAGGAGAGGUUUGAGAAUUCUGUAUCGCAAACUUGAGAAAAAAUGCUAAUGCUCUUUAAAUGAAGUUUUUUUUACUUCGUACA